GCGGGGCCUCGCGCAGCGGUGUGGCGGCGAGGCCCACUUGGCUUCUUUCGGCGUUGGCCUGGGUGCUCGGCGAGGGCGCGCGGACCCCGCACCGGCGGCGGAGCCGGUAUGGGCCCGCCCGGCCCUGGGCUCCGAGCCGCACGAGCACCAGCCUAGAGCCAGGACCGAAGCUUCAAGAUGGCUGACCAAGACCUUGCGGGUAUCAGCCCCCUCCAGCAAAUGGUGGCCUCAGGCGCUGGGGCUGUGGUCACCUCCCUCUUCAUGACACCCCUGGACGUAGUGAAGGUUCGCCUGCAGUCUCAGCGGCCCUCCAUGGCCAGCGAGCUGACGCCUUCCUCCAGACUGUGGAGCCUCUCCUAUACCAAAUUGCCCUCCUCUCUCCAAUCCACAGGGAAGUGCCUCCUGUACUGCAAUGGUGUCCUGGAGCCCCUGUACCUGUGCCCAAAUGGUGCCCGCUGUGCCACCUGGUUUCAAGACCCUACCCGUUUCACUGGCACCAUGGACGCCUUCGUGAAGAUCGUGAGGCAUGAGGGCACCAGGACCCUCUGGAGCGGCCUCCCUGCCACCCUCGUGAUGACUGUGCCAGCUACUGCCAUCUACUUCACUGCCUACGACCAACUCAAGGCCUUCCUAUGUGGUGGAGCCCUGACCUCUGACCUCUACGCACCCAUGGUGGCUGGCGCUCUGGCCCGCUUGGGCACCGUGACUGUGGUCAGCCCCCUGGAGCUUAUGCGGACAAAGCUGCAGGCUCGGCAUGUGUCGUACCGGGAGCUGGGUGCCUGUGUUCGAGCUGCGGUGGCUCAGGGUGGCUGGCGCUCACUGUGGCUGGGCUGGGGCCCCACUGCCCUUCGAGAUGUGCCCUUCUCAGCCCUGUACUGGUUCAACUAUGAGCUGGUGAAGAGCUGGCUGAAUGGACUCAGGCCGAAGGACCAGACUUCUGUGGGCAUGAGCUUUGUGGCUGGUGGCAUCUCAGGGACGGUGGCUGCAGUGCUGACUCUACCCUUUGAUGUGGUGAAGACCCAACGCCAGGUCGCGCUGGGAGCGAUGGAGGCUGUGAGAGUGAACCCCCUGCAUGUGGGCUCCACCUGGCUGCUGCUGCGGAGGAUCCGCGCUGAGUCUGGCACCAAGGGACUCUUUGCAGGCUUCCUUCCUCGGAUCAUCAAGGCUGCCCCCUCCUGCGCCAUCAUGAUCAGCACCUACGAGUUCGGCAAAAGCUUCUUCCAGAGGCUGAACCAGGACCGGCUUCUGGGCAGCUGAAAGGGGCAUGGAGGCAAGGACCCCGUCUCUCCCAUGGAUGAGGAGAGGGCAGGAGGAUACCCAGCCAAGUGCCUUUUUCUCAGCACUGAGGGAGGGGGCUUGUUUCCCUUCCCUGCUGGCGACAAGCUCCAGGGCAGGGCUGUCCCUCUGGGCGGCCCAGCCCUUCCUCCGACACAACUUCUUCCUGCUGCUCCAAUCGGGAUCAUCACUUUCCCACCCACCAAGUGCAAGACCAAAUCUUCCAGCUGCCCCCUUUGUGUUUCCCUGUGUUUGCUGUAGCUGGGCCUGUCUCCGGAAACCGAGAAACCCUCAGCCUGGCAGAGUCUCCCUGACCCCUGUUAAUUCCUUGAGUGUAAAGAUGAUGAACUUCUG